CUUAUGUAUAACAUAACUUUAUAUACAUAUAUAUAACUUAUGUAUCAUUAAAAAUAUUAUAAAACUUACAAGAGAAGUUAAAAAAAUGUAAAUUUUCAACAAAGUUCAAUGUUCGUUUCAUUUGAUGUUCUGAUCUGAAAAAUUAAUAAAUUUUAUUUUGAUUGAACAGAAAUAAAUUUUAAAAAAAAUUAUAUUUUUGAUUAUAUUAUAUAUGUGAGUUUUUGAAGAAAAUAAUUACAAAAUAAAAGAACAAGAGUGCAUUAACUAAGAUUUGACGUGUUCGAUCGGUAACGUUGACCUAAACCUUUAGUGAUAAUCUAACUAUAAAAUGCUGCUCACACUCCCUGAAUAUGUUUGGCUGCAUAUAUUUGAUCACUUGGAUUUCGCUUCGCUAUGGAUGAUGAUGCUGCUAUCGCCAAUAUGUGCACAGUACAUUGGAAGUUCUGUAAAACUCAUGUUGCGCCAUCAGUUGACACUUACUGCUGGAAAAUGUGAAACCUUCAAGAAACGUGCCGAUUUGUCUAAUAUUCAAUUUCGCAAUGUCUUUGCAAAGAGUUCCCAAGGCUAUGAACAUCUAAAGCAAUUCACAAAGAUUAUAAAGAACAUGAAAGGAUCGAUAGAAAUUCUGGAACUUGAGGAUUUUAAAAGGAAUCAAAUUAGUGAAGUUUUGGAUUUUUUUCAAGGCUUUGAGAAGUUGCGAAUCUUAAAAUUCAAAAAUUGUCAAAUUUCUGAAGAAGUCAAAUUCCAACAUUUACCAGCAAUGCCAUCACUAGUGGAAGUUACUUUCGAAAAAUGUGACGGAAACUUUUUCAAGCUGUUUCAUCGUCAAGAAGGCAUCACCAAAAUCACAAUUCAAAAUCCUGACUGGACCUGGAACGGCUUCUCACACGAUGAUUUCAAUGAUUUGGUGAAGGCUUUGCCAAAUAUUGACUCAAUCAUUAUGGAUGGUUCAGGUACAGGCAGCUAUUUUGAUUGUGACCGUUUCCCAUACAAAAUAAGAAGGUUGGAUACAUCAAUGAUCACAUUUCACUGGUAUGUUGGCAUCAGAACUGCAAGAAAAACAUUUUUGGAGGCACAAAAAGGAUUUUUGAAGGAACUUGUUAUUCAUCAACUUCCUUACGACUUUGAUGGCGGGAAUGUUCUUAAAUUUAUAAUCGAGCAGAUGGGUUUGGAUCAAUUUUAUUACGGAAAGAUUCCUUUGAUUUAUGAUCGGAAAAUUCAGCCUGUUCUUGAAUUUAUGGCAACUGAGAUUCAGCUAUGCGCAAUGUUUGAGAUGUUCAGGCAAUUUCCCACCAUAAAAAGCUUCAAACUUCAUCUAUGCCAAACGGACGUCGACAGCAGUGAAAUUGAGAUGUUAAUUAAUCCUCGAACAGAAUUAUUCAGCAAUGCUGAAAAUCUUGAGAUUCUCGACACAAGCGGUUACAGAAGAAUUUUUGGAGUAUUCUUAGGUCUUUAUAAGAACUUUCGAAAUAUAAAAAGCCUAAAAAUUCAAAGUCCAGACAGCAACAUUAAUGUUUUAUUGCAGGAGUUCCUUCCUGUUAUGACAAAUUUGAAGGAAAUUUCAAUUGAUUCUAAAGCACCAAGAGAAAUGGAAAGAUUGGAUAUUAUAAGAAUUAAUGUACCAGGUUUGACUAAAUUGUGGGUUGAUGCUGACUAUGUUCAGCAGGCAAAAAACAUCUUUGGUCUUGGAAUCGAGGUCAACGCAACGAAUUGACUGAAUUAUUCCAAAGUUUACGUCUAGAAAUAAUAAUUUUGUGCUACAAAUUCAACCAUGCUGCAUGCUGUCGCAAAAGGGAUCAAUUUACAUCGUGGAAUCUUAAUGCAGUACAAAACUGCUUCCGCGUAGAAAAAUGUUAUACUUUGCGACAGCAUACUGCAUUUAUAAGCUUUUUUGACCUACGGACUUUGAUAUUUUGUGAUCCUUGGUAUUUUCCAUUUGAUGUAUAUUUAGCUCUCAAUUCGGAGCCAAAAAAGGCUCUUUUAAGCUUUAAAUUCUUGGUUCUGAAAUUAAACAAAAGACUGAUUGACAAACCAGCAUAUAAAGUUUUUUAUAAAGAUAACUUUAGAAUGUAUAAAGGACAUGGAGUUAAAUUAAAACGAUUUUGUAUUGUCAUUAAAUAAAUUUUUUUCAUGGGUCUAAAGUCCUUGUUUCACCUUCACGCUGGUAGACCUGUCAAUUGGUAUUCAUAGCCAAAAGCUAAUAACCGGGAACUAUUUUAUUAUAUUUUUCAAAUUUCAACUUUUUCAAAUCAAACCUAAAGUUGAUUUUUUUUAAAUAAUAAACUUUGUUUAAAAUUAAAAUUUUUUACAAUACCUGUAUCAAAAAAAUCACAUCCGUGUUUCAAAACAUAUUUAAAUUUGUCGCAACGUUCAUUAUCUUAGCUCAUGUUGAGCCUUUGUUUCUCUAAAAAAGAACUUUUUUAAGAAUUUAAAUUAUAAGAAUAUUUAAAAAGUAUAUUAACAUUGCAGAACAUAAUUUUCAAGGUUUAACUGUGCAUUUGCCAAAGCUGUCUAGCUGCACACUGUUGAGUGGAACAGACCCGCUUUUUUUUGGACAAAAUCUCGCCUGAAAUCCGAUUUUUCGAACUAAUUUCCAGAGCUCUAAGUCGAUACGAGAUUUUCAUCGAUUUUAUAUGGUGGAGUUGACUCCGAGUCGACUUGACUCUAUGUAAAAUUUCAUCGACUUAAAGCUCUGCUAUUUUUUCUUAGAAAAUGCUCGAAAAUUUAGUCUGCCACGCUUUUCAGAGCUGAAAUCGAGACAUGUCUACGCUGACCACAUGCUUGGUUUUUUAGAGGACAUUUCAAUUUUUUCAAAAGUUGAAAAAAAUAUCCCAAAUAUCAUAUUUAUCCCACUUAUCCAAAAAUAUUAAAAAAAUUCCUGAGCAUUUAUGCACGAUAAUAAAGAUAUCCCAACGUAUCCUUAGUGUAUUGGACGUGUAAUUUCAGGAUAUGAUGGGAUAUCUCAAUUCUAAUGCAUACAGGCUCAGGGAUUAUUUUGAAUAUUUUUUGAAUAUAUGGGAUAUUUGGGAUAGUUUCCAUGCCUUGACUUUGUUCUAAUUCGUUCACUUGCCUCAAAGUUCUAUUAUGUCACGUCAUGUUUAACUGACAACAGUAUGGAUAUUUGCAUCUACAAUUAUUAAUAAUCACACAAACUUGACAAAACUACUUCAUCAGAAUAAAGGACUAGAUACAAGUCGAUGGAGAAUUCUAGAUGAAAUUAAUAUUAAUUCUUGAGUCAAUUUUUCUUUUGUAAUAGGAUAUGAAUUGGAUAGGAUCAGCGCUGAUUAUGUUAUUACACAUGAGCCAAUGACUUAUUGUUUGGAAAUCAGUGUACUAAAAUUAGUUAUAUCGUAAAAAUCAUUAAUUGACAAUAAAGCAAAACUGAGGAAAAAUCAGACGAAGAUUUU